AUGUUGUCAAAGGUUUCUCUUCCCCGUUCUUUAUUUAACGGCAAUCGAUUAGCACCGACGAGAUACUUCGCCGGAGCUCCGGCCAGCUUCUCCUCUCUCCCGCUCUCAGGCAACAAGAAGACAUGUCCUCCGAGAAUAAGAAGGAUUCAAUACACAUUAGAAGAUAGAAGGAAUCGACCUCUAACAUGUGGAGAAGUAUCGCCACGUCUUCUCGUGCCUGAUCACAUACCAAAGCCUCCAUACGUUGAGUCUAGCGAGUCACCAAAGAUAUCAAGUGAGUUUCAGAUUCCUGACUCCAAGGGAAUCGUGAAAAUGAAGGCAGCUUGCAAGCUCGCUGCUCGUGUUUUAGACUAUGCAGGAACUUUGGUUAGACCAUUUGUUACCACAGAUGAAAUAGACAAAGCCGUGCACAAGAUGGUUAUUGAGUCUGGUGCUUACCCUUCACCUCUCGGAUACGGAGGGUUCCCUAAAAGCGUUUGUACAUCGGUUAACGAAUGCAUGUUUCACGGGAUUCCAGAUUCACGUCAGCUACAGAAUGGUGAUAUAAUAAACAUCGAUGUCGCAGUUUACUUGGAUGGUUAUCAUGGAGAUACGUCAAAGACUUUCCUCUGUGGAGAUGUAAAUGAAAGCGUUAUACAGCUUGUCAAGGUCACAGAAGAGUGCUUGGAGAAAGGUAUAUCGGUUUGUAAAGAUGGAGCAAGCUUCUCACAAAUCGGGAAGAUAAUCAGAGAGCAUGCAGAGAAGUAUGGCUAUAACGUGGAGAGCUUUAUCGGACAUGGUGUAGGGACUGUAUUACACUCGGAGCCUCUUAUAUAUCUUCAUCGUAACCAUGAUUAUGAACUUGAGUAUAUGAUUGAGGGUCAAACAUUUACGCUUGAGCCAAUACUCACCAUUGGAGCCACCGAGUUUGUAACAUGGCCUGACAAAUGGACUAUUUUGACAGCGGAUGGUAGUCCGGCCGCACAGUUUGAGCAUACAAUUCUUAUUACCACAACUGGUGCUGAAAUUCUCACCACAUCAUGA